AUGAAACAAAGAAAUGUGGUUACUUCUUUUCUGACCUUUUCUGAAGGCGCAGAUGAUUCUACUGAUCAAGGAAAUCGUGUUUUACUCUUGAAACGUAGUGAUAAAGUUAACACUUAUAAACAUCAUUGGGCAGGAAUUAGUGGUGGAAUGGAGGCUAACGAUAGUUCACCAUUGGAACGUGCUUUGAUUGAAAUACAGGAAGAAACCACUUUGAGUUCUUCUGAUAUUAAACUAAUACGCAUUGGUAAACCUUUAAAUAUUCGUGAUGAAAAUAAUUCUACAAUAUGGAAAGUCCAUCCAUUUCUUUUUCAUCUUCAGUCUGAUAAUAUUCAUAAGAUUAAAAUAGACUGGGAACAUGAAACUUUUAAAUGGAUUAACCCUAAAGAAUUGAGUUCUUAUAAUACUGUACCAAAUUUGUUAGAAACUUUUUACAGAGUAUAUCUUCCAAAUAAUGUACACUUGGGUUUGAUUGAUAUGCUUAAUGAUAGAUCUUCUGGUGCUCAACAAUUGGCAAGUAAGGCCUUAGAUAUUUUUUCUGAAACUAUAGAGAAUAAGUCAUGCCACGAAUAUUCUCAAUGUUCGAAAGAUUUAUAUAUUGCUUAUCUUAAUAUCGGAUGGCACUUGUGUGAAAUAAGACCUAACAUGAAGGCUUCUACAUUAUAUGUAAUAAUUUUAAUAAUGCAACAAUGUAAAAAAGGGUUGGAUCAGGUCUUAUCAAUUGAUUCAUUUGAUAAUCAAGUUCUUAGUAUCAUAAAAGCAAAGAAAAUACUUUCUAAUGAUACAGAACAAAAAAUCAAUUCAAACUUUAUGAAUGUUUUAUUUCCUAAAUUUGAUCAAUCGUUACAUAUUAUGACAAUGAGUUAUUCCUCUACAAUAUUUUCUGCUCUCACUAAUCUUAUCAAAAAUUAUAUUCAAAAAGUUUCUAAAAAUUUAGAAUGCUCUAAAUCAUUUACUAUUACUAUUUUGGAAUCGCGACCUUUAAACGAAGGAGCAAUUCUAGGACAAAAAUUGUCAUCCAUGUUACCUCAACAAGAUGAAAUUGUAAAUAUACAAAUUAUUACAGACUCAUCAUGUGAUUUUUUCAUGCCGACUGUGACUCAUGUCUUGCUUGGAGCUGAUCGCAUCUUGGGAUAUGAUGGGACCGUAAUAAAUAAGAUCGGAUCUGUGCCAUUGGCAUUAGCAGCCCAACAUCAUGGAAAGCCAGUAUAUAUAGUGUCACGUACGGAUAAAAUCGCAGGUGAAUAUGAUGAUGAAAAAGUAGAAGAAAAUGAAUCAAGUGAAGUUACAAAAAUUUAUGGUAGUCAAUGGAAAGAUUGUAAAAAUAUGCGAGUUAGAAAUGUAUAUUUCGAAAAAUUAGAAUCUGAUCUAAUUACUG